CGAUGCACUGCACCGGCCUCUUCCUCCUUUUGGGGCUCUGCGCCUUCUGGGCCGAGCUGGCCCCCGCCUCUGGGCAGGGACCUCCUGCAGGGAAGAGAGGCCCCCUUCUGUCCCCUCCUGCCCUGCUCUGGAGCAACGGACAAAACGCGCGUGGGCUCUCUGCAGCAGGGGUCCCUAAGCGAUGUCGGCUUCCACCUGAGACAGGACCAUGCAAAAUGAGGAUAGAGCGUUACUACUACGACCAUGCUAAAAGGACCUGCCUGGAGUUUACCUAUGGUGGCUGCAGAGGCAACAGCAAUAAUUUCCACACCAAGGAAGAGUGCAUGGGAGCCUGUGCAUACCCACGCAAAGGGGCUGUCUGAGAAAGGACGGCUGGACUCUCCAGCGCAAUUUCAGAGCCCCAGGAAGCAACACGGAGCUCCGCAGCCAGCCUCCCUCGACCGUUCUUGAGCUUCAUGCGAUCAAUUUUUUCUUCUGCAAUAAAAGAGUCUCCUUUUCCC